AGCAGCGCAAACCCUUGGUCUGGACCGGCCUGAUAACUCUUGUAGCCUAAAGGGCAUAUAAGAGCGAGCGCCGUCCGACAACCCCGGUAGUGCGGCUCGAACAGCUGUCUGUGGCGAACGGUGAAGUAUCCGUUGUUCUUUCUUAGUGUCGUUCUGUGGCAGUGUCAUCGUCAGCAGUAGCAAAGCAUCAGUCGGCGAGUCACCACAGCUUAAACCACAACUCAACAGGUUCCUUUUUCAAAACUCUUCGUAGAUCAACGCAGCUACGAUGAGAGACAAACCUGACGUAGCCAAGUCGUCUUCCACAUGGGUCAGCCCGUCGCCAAGGAGAAGGAGACGUCCCCAAGCCAUGGAUAUCCCAGGAUGCGUGUGUGGCCGUGGAAGUGGGGCUGCAGGAUCCCUAAGUGGCAGUAUGGGUAUGAAUGCAGCAUGGCCUGAGGAGAAUGGAAUGUCUGCCAGCUCUUCCAUGUCUACAAGCCUUCUUACUAAGACGAAACCUUUUCCUAUCAGAGGAGAGCGUGCCAAUUAUGUCAACACGCCACAUGUCAUUGUUAUGGUGGGUCUGCCUGCCAGAGGAAAAACCUACAUGGCUAAAAAGCUGACAAGGUACCUCAACUGGAUCGGCAUAAAAACAAAAGUGUUCAACUUGGGCGAGUACCGUCGACGUGCCACCCACAUGUACAAGAACCAUAACUUCUUCCGUACGGACAAUGAGGAAGCAAUGGCUCUCAGGGAACGGUGCGCAAUGGAUGCCCUUGACGAUGUUUGUGACUGGCUUGAUAAUAGUGGUGGAGAAGUUGCUGUCUUCGAUGCUACAAAUACAACAAUGCAUCGUCGGCGAAUAAUAUACAAUAUCAUUGUGGAGAAAAUGGAGUACAAGCUGUUCUACGUAGAGUCAAUUUGCGAUGACCCAUCCAUCAUUGAGGCAAAUAUUAGGGAUGUGAAGAUCAACGGCCCAGACUAUCCAAGGUCGACACCUCAUAGUAAUAAAUCUCCUGGGCAUCCUUGCUCUCAAGAGGUAAAGGUAAACAGCCCAGACUAUCGUGGAAUGACAUCAGAGGAAGCACUUGAGGAUUUCCUGCAGAGGAUUGAACAUUAUAUGGAACAAUAUCAACCUCUUGAUGAAGCCUUGGAAGAUCACCUCUCCUUCAUGAAAGUCUAUAACACAGGGCAGAAGGUGGUCGUUCACAAGCAUGAGGGACACAUCCAGGCACGUAUUGUGUAUUACUUGAUGAAUACUCAUGUCACUCCCAGAACCAUCUAUCUUGCACGACAUGGAGAAAGUGGUUACAACCAAUUGGGCAAGAUUGGAGGGGACUCGGACUUGAGUGAACGUGGACGUAAAUUUGGAAAUGCCCUUGCAGAAUACAUUAAGGAACAGAAGAUACCUAAGUUACGGGUUUGGACCUCUUGGUUGAAGCGUACCAUUCAGACAGCAGAGGGUAUUGAUGCUCCCCAAGAAAGGUGGAAGGCACUGAAUGAAAUUGAUGCGGGAAUUUGUGAAGAGAUGACAUAUGCUGAAAUCAAAUCAAAGUUCCCAGAAGAUUUUGCUGCUCGUGACCAGAAUAAAUUCAGCUACCGUUAUCCCCGAGGUGAGAGCUAUGAGGACUUGGUAGCACGUCUGGAACCUGUAAUUAUGGAGCUUGAACGCCAGGGAAAUGUUCUUCUGAUUGCACAUCAAGCAGUCCUGAGAUGUCUUCUUGCAUACUUCCUUGACAAACCUUCAGAUGAGCUGGCCUACAUUGAAGUUCCACUGCACACAGUGAUCAAACUAACUCCUGUGGCCUAUGGAUGUGAGGUGGAAUAUAUCUCUCUAAACGUUGAGUGUGUCAACACCCAUCGUCCCAGGCCAGAGGUACCAGGAAGCCUGGAUCCAGACCUGUUCUUCGAAGUUGCAGACAUGGACACUUGAUGCUAAAAUCAGAUAGGGGACAUCUGCUGUAGGCAUCUUUAUUUUACUUUACUGCCAACCAAUCUUGUUUGCCAAACCUUUUGCUAACCUUACGGUGCUCACCACAGUUGCCUCCGCUGCUUGCAUUGAAAUUUUCCUUAUAGUUUUGUAGUUGUUGAUUGUCCCAUGUCCUCAAACACUGUUAUGAAAGAAUAUUUUGUGUAAAUGAAACUUUUGAUUUAAGUAUACCUUGCAUAUGGUACUUACAUAUUACUAUACUAAGUUUUUAGGUAAAGGGCAUAUAAAAUAUACAUAUCUGACCUCUUUGGUCCUUUUUUUUUAAAUUUAAACUGAAAUUAAGAAAUAUGCCAGCUACCUUCUGGCAUGUUAAUGAGGUAAUAAAACCAAAGGAGUAUC